AUGAAUUGGUUGAGAACAAACCGAACUGGAGGCAAGGCAAGGCAGAGAAACGUCAAAGAGAAUGGGGAGGUGAUUCUGAAGGAGCUCAUUGAGUGCUGUGAUGGAAAAUGUAAUCCUAUCAAGAACUUCUCUUCUGAUCAAAUCAUCAAAGCAACAAAUAACUUCUCCCAAAGUAACCGCGCUUCCCGGAUUGAUAUUUAUUACCGUUGCUAUAAAGGUAUCCUCGAUGACCGUCCUGUUCUCGUCAAGAAAGGGAAAUACACACUUGAUACGAAAGAGAUUUGUCGAGACAUAGCGAUAUCAUCGAUGGUGAGUGGUCAUAAGAACUUCCUCAAGUUGUUGGGAUGCUGUCUCGAGUUCACACCUCCUGCCUUAGUUUUUGAGUAUGCGGAGAUUAUAACUCUUGGUCCACUAAUUACAUCUAACCCCAGAAACAUGAGGAGGAUAAAGAUAGCAAGAGAGGUCGCAAACGCUUUGACUUACCUUCACACUGCUUUCCCAAGGGCUUUCAUCCACUCAAAUCUAGAUCAUUUCACCAUCUUCUUAGAUGGUAAUGGAAUCGCAAAGCUUGGGAAUUUCUGUAACUGUGUCUCUAUUCCCGAAGGAGAGGUCUUCGUUCAUGAUGAUGCAUUGAAGAAAUACCAUGACUUUAGGACCAAUACCUUAAAGCAAACGCAUGGACUUGGUGUGUGUUACGUACCGGUCAUCGAUCCUGAAUACAAGUCAACCGGUAAGGUCACGACAACGACGGAUAUGCAUAGCUUUGGAGCGUUCAUGCUAGCUCUUGUGCAGGUAAAGGAAGUUGAUGAUGAGCUAUCUAUGUCUUCGGAUAUGCUGAGAGCAUUAGCUGAGUUAUUCAUCAAACCUCAUGAUGAUGCUCGUUUACCGCUUCACCAUCAUGUUUCCAAGAUACUGAGGAAGUUUGGGUAUGCAGAGGUUAUGGGUUCAGAUAUUAGUAGUAGAGACAUGGGCAACGUGGCUGCUUCGCCGGUAAAAGAGUUUUUUAGAUUAGCGUUGAGAUGCAUAGGAUGCAACUUAGGAGACCCGUUGACUAGCAUGAUUCAAGUGGCUAAAGAGCUCAGACUGAUUGAGAAAUCUGCAUAUGGAGACGUCAGAUGAGCCAUACUUCAAGUCAAGUCAGAGACGAGCAAGUUCACAGGUUUACUUCAGAAAGAGAAGUACCUGAUAGAGAAUCCGAUGUCGUUGCAUACCAUCAUGGGCUAACCAUUUCACUAGCCCUUAUUCUGAUAUUCAUAAUCACAAUUUUGACAUAUACAGUUAAAGUUUGAAUGAAAUUAUGUCCUAUAUUUUGAUUUUCCUGCAAUACCUUGUUUUACUUUUUAUACCCUAAUAUAUUAAUUUCCACA